AUGGGAAACACAUACUCCCUCAUGUUCCCACCGAAACCUCAAUUCACCGAGGAAAAUCUUGAACCACAAGAUGGACGUGUCUUUAUCGUUACAGGCGGUUACUCCGGUAUUGGAUUUGAGCUGUCACGUAUGCUAUACGAAGCUGGUGGAUCAGUUUAUAUCGCAGGCAGAUCCCAAGAGAAAGGCGAACAGGCCAUUGCGCAAUUGAAAGAGCACUGUCCUGGCUCAUCCGGAAGCCUGUCUUUUCUCAAGAUAUCCCUCGACGAUCUCAAGUCUGUCAAGUCGGCUGCAGAAGAAUUCAUAGCCAAGGAAUCACGACUUGAUGUUUUAUUCAACAACGCGGGUGUAUCCAUGCCUCCUCCAGGCUCAGUUUCAGCGCAAGGAUAUGAACUCAGCAUUGCGACGAAUGCUAUUGGGCCUUGGUACUUUACGCAACUUCUAGUACCCGUUCUAACCCAAACCGCCAAGGACAAACCACCUGCUUCAGUACGCGUCGUCUGGACAGCAUCCAUCGUAACCGACGUCGCCCUUCCAAAGGGAGGAGUCAACAUGAAAGAUAUCAUCACCCCAUCUACAGACCCUCAAGUCAAUUACACAAAUUCAAAGACCGGAAACUGGUAUCUCGCCAGUGUGUUGGCAGAUCAGAUCGGAUCCCAAGGUGUGCUUAGUGUGUGCCAUAAUCCUGGAAACCUUCAGACUUCUCUUCUGCGUCAUAUGCCCUGGGCUGUUCGUUAUGCCGUCUCGUUUAUCGUUUAUCACGCCAAGUUUGGUGCGUACACCAACCUCUGGGCAGGGCUUUCGCCAGAUCUACAGAUUGAGGAUGGAGGGAGGUUUAUUUGGCCUUGGGGUCGAUUCCAUCCUUGCCCUAGGCCAGAUUUGCUGGAGAAUCUCAAGUCGAAGGAGCAAGGAGGCACGGGGACGGCUGCUGAAUUUGCAGAGUAUUGUGAUAAAGUCAUUGCGGAACAUCGGUGA